AUGUCCCCAAACCCUGCGAAGAUAAAGAUACACGAAAUUCCUGAGUCCCUUUGUCGUAAAAGGUUGUUCUUGACAUGGUCAAAUUCAGGGGAUAGUCCUAGUGAAGAAGCCCCUAUUUUUGAGAAUGUAGAAACUAUGGACCAACCCCCUAGUAUAUUACCUGAAACAACCUUGGAACAACCCCUUAUUACAUUGAGUGAAAUAGUUGAGUUAACCCCUGCCUAUAUACCAAGAAUUGAAAUCCAUUUGACUGAACCAAUAAUGGGAAGCACAUGUCCUAACGUUGAUGGUUGGGAUGAUACAUUUAAAUGGUGUGAACCUUUUGGUGGGACUCCUAUGGAACCAGAUGAACCAAAUAGUGAAAAAGCAGGUGAAGAAAGUCAAGCUAGUAAAGAUAGUCAAGAUAGUGAAGACAAUCAAGAUAGUGAUUACAUAGUUGAUGAAGAUAAUUUGUUAGAUGAUCCAGAGGUUGAUAUGAAGAACUUUCACCUCAAUGUUGACAAAGAGGUGGAGUGGGUUGGAAGUUUUCCUGAUAAUCGAAAUAAAGCAGUAGAAGGUGAUGAAGAAUUAGAGGUUAUAGACACUGAAAAAUUAGUAUAUGCAUCUUCAUCGGAUGAGGGUGAAGCUAGUAAAAAAAAUGAACAAGAUAAGAGAUUUACAAAGAGCACACAAGAAUGA